CAAAAAUGAAAAAAAAGCUCUUAUAUUAAAUAGAUUUAAAAAAAAAAAAAAAUCACGCCACAGUGAAAAGCUGAGGUGAUCAGUUCUCAAUUCAGGUAGAAAAAAAGAGAAUAAAGCUGGGUCAGCUACUCUCUUGCUCUAGAUUUCAAUCCCAUAAAGCUGAUUCCAUUGCCAGCCAAUCCAUGGCGGGGAAGCACUUCAAGUACGUCAUCCUCGGCGGCGGUGUAGCGGCAGGUUAUGCCGCCAGGGAAUUCGUAAAACAAGGUCUUAAGCCAGGAGAACUAGCGAUCAUCUCGAAGGAGGCGGUGGCUCCCUACGAACGACCAGCACUUAGCAAGGCGUAUCUUUUUCCUCAAGGUACAUUGCACAAAUUCUUAAAUAAAAAACCAGAUGAUGUUAUUCAAGCAUCAUGACCUAAUCUAUUCUUGAAUCAUAGAAGUCAUGAGGAUAGAAUUUUAGUUCAUGAUUAUCCACACGUUCAUUUAGGAUUAUACCUUAAUAAUUUAUAGCCCAUGAUUACUUGCUCAUUCUUAGCAAGCAUGUCUGUAGUUGAAAUCUAUUAUGCCUAAUGAUGUGAAAUAUAAUUAUUUUGGCCUAAAGAGUGUUUGGAAGAGAUGCUAAAAUUCAUUUAAAUAUCAUAAUAUUCAAAAUUAAGUAAAGUUAAGUAAUUCAACUGAACGCUAAAAGAAUAUGGAUGCUAUUUGGUUAAAGGAAGGACAAGAUUUACCUACAUAUCCAGCUCUCUUGAAAAACAGCUCAAGCUUAGUGCAAAUAGCAGUGGACUGCAAACUAAAAUCCUCUUUUAUGUUUGCAUGACAAUAUUUAUAAUUAUUAAUGGGGUAGGAGGGGCGGCUUUGCCCAUUUCAUUAACUAUAAUGGUAAAAUUAUAAGUGAGAUGCUAUAGUCACAACCCUAAAGGGAGCAAAUAAUGCAAAAUGUUAGACUCAAAAUACAAAAGAUUUAACCAAAUGAAGGAUCUACGAGUCAUGUUGAACCAUCAUCCACGGUGGCUUGUUGACCUCUAAUUGCUGAUCAUCCACUCACUAUCCACGUUAACCUCAAACCGCUCCCCACGAUCUCUCACGACACAAAACUCUCGCUCGUCCCAUUCGCAUUUUACUCACAUAGAAACAUAAGAUGGAGGGGAUUUGAAAUUUACAGGCACAGACAACUUUCUCUUCCGAUGCCGAGGCGUGCGGCUUGAUCUCUAGCCUCUUGCACUCGUUGUCCUGACUUUAGCUUCCUGCACUCGCCGGCUCGACCUCCAGCCUCCUGCACCCGUCUGGCCCUCACUUGUGCUUCUCAGACCAAUGCCCUAGCCGAUGUCCGACUCCCUCCCUCUUUAUGUUAUAUAUAUAUAUAUAUAUAUAAAUGUUUAAAAUUACAUAAUUGAGUAUUGAAGCAUUUUUCGUUCGUGAGGCUAGGCGUAUGCCUCAAGGUAUUUUGAGGCGUAAGCCUCAAAAUAAAAAGAUUGUGUAAACAUAAAAUGAUAAAUUUUGUAUAUAUUUGUUGGCUCAAGAAAAAUGGCACGAAUGCAUGAAUCCCGCUUUUGCAGCCGUAGGAUUCCACUUCUCUUAAGUCAGAUUGAAAUUAACCAGAUUUCCCCUGAGGGUAGUAUCAGGGUUUAUAGAUCUGGGGUUCUUACUUCCUAUGAGCGCAAGCACUCAUAGUUAAUUACCCCUCUUACUAUGUAAGAGAGA